CGAUAUAAUGCUACUCUGUAACAUCGAUUUAUUAGUGCAUCGACAUAUCUCGUCGUAAACAAAUUAUUUCCAUUUAGCAGACAAUCUUCGCGGCCAACACUAGUGUGUAGAAUCGAGAUACGCCUCACAAUGAGGACUCUGAUAUUCGUCCUGCUUGUUCUAGUCGUGGCGUGGAUGGGAUCUACAUCACCCAUAGACCCCAAAAGACAGCUCAUCAACCGACCCAAAGUGGAUAUCUACCAUAGACAAAGACGCUCCCCGCAAGAUGUUAAAGGAGGGAGUCGAAAUGCAGUAAAAGGGGGUCACACGCCACCUACGAUACAUCCGAGAAAAGGCGAGUACGUGUGUGGAGACAAGAUGUGCAAGCUCAAGCCGGGGGAAGUGCCCAAGAAUUGCAACGGAGUGUGCCAGUACCGGGUGGCUUGAUCAAUAAAAGACUUUUUGGAAAAUA